UUUCCCAGAAGUCCAGUCAGGAGGAGUUCUGUCUGACGCCAGAAUGCAUCGAGGCAGCCGGGUCUAUUCUCAAUAAAAUCGAUCGGGCGGUCGACCCCUGUGAGGACUUCUACAGUUUUUCCUGUGGAGGUUGGCUGAGGGAGAAUCCCAUCCCCGAGGAUUCCUCCUCGUACGGCAUCUACCCCUGGCUGCGGCAGCACGUCGACAUCCAACUCAAAGAGUUACUGGAAGCUCCAUCCGACCCUGAUGAACUGGAGGCAGUGACCAAAGCUAAGAUCCUCUACCGCUCCUGCAUGAACGAGACCCUGCUGGAGAAGAUGGACACCAAACCCAUGCUGAAAACGCUCAGACAGCCAGAGUUCCGUUGGCCCGUCGUCGGGGACGGGCUCGGCGGCGAGUACGAGUGGUCGGCAGGUCGGUGGAACCUCCUGAAGACUCUGGCACAGAUGAGGAACCAGCACAGCAAGAGCGUCCUGAUUCGCCUGUACGUCUCCCCUGACGACAAAAACUCCUCAAAGUACAUCAUCAAGCUCGACCAGGUGUCCUUGUCUCUGCCCUCGAGGGAAGACUACACCACCAACACUUCCUCUGCCCAGGCGGUGAGUCUCCGCUCCAUCCUUCACCCCCUGUCGUCUAGAAGAGUCCAUCUUCCUCCGGCAGCUAUUCUCGUCCUGCUGCAGUGA